AUGUCAAAAAAAAGUCAAGCUGUUGAAACAGUUUAUACUGAACCAGAUCAAUUAAAUGGUUCUUCAUCACAAGAAGUUGAAGAAAUUCCAAAUCAUGAAAAGAAACAUUACGUAUAUAAUGCUGAAGAAAGAAAACAAAGAUUAAUUGGUGGUGUAACAACUAAAGAUUUACUAAUGAUUUUAUGUGCUGGUUUUGCAUUAAUUUCUGAUGGUUAUCAGAAUAACGUUAUGUCAAUGUUGAAUAAAUAUUUUGCUAUUAAAUAUCCAAAAGUUUAUGAUGGUAAUAUGUCUGCUCAAGUUUCAAAUGCUUCUUUGGUUGGGACAAUCUUUGGACAAUUUGGUAUGGGAUUCUUGGCAGAUAUUAUUUCACGUUUGUAUAAGUCAAUGUAUGCGGUGGGUGCAUUUUUACCUCUAUCGGUAUUCUAUUUUAGAAUGAAAAUGGCUACUUCCGUAUUAUUUAAAAAAUCUGCAAUUAGAAGAAAUCCACCAUAUUGGUUAGCUUUAAAAUAUUAUUGGAAGAGAUUGUUAGGUACAACUGUUACUUGGUUUUUGUACGAUUUUGUUACUUUUCCAAAUGGUAUUUUCUCAGCUACUAUCAUUUCAAAUGUUAUAAAAGAUGCUAAAGACUUGCAACUGAUAGCAGAAUGGAACCUUCUUUUAGGAACUAUUGCAUUACCAGGUGUAUUUGUUGGUGCUUUAAUUGUUGAUAGAAUUGGUAAGAAAUACACAAUGUUACUUGGAUUUAUUGGAUAUAUUGUUUUUGGUUUAAUUGUUGGUUGUGCUUAUUAUAAAGUCAAAAAAAUCACAGCUUUAUUUAUUGUUCUCUAUGGAUUAAUGCAAAGUAUGGGUAAUUUAGGUAUGGGUAAUUGUCUCGGAUUAAUUCUGAGUGAGUUUUAUGCUACGCCAGUUAGAGGAACAUUUUAUGGAAUUUCAGCAGUAGUAGGUAAAAUUGGAGCUGUAUGUGGGACAAAAGCGUUUCAACGUGCUUUAAAUAUUGGUCAUACAACGGCAGAAGGGCAACGUUGGGUUUUUUUAAUUGCAGCUAUAUGUGGAGUUGCAGGGGUCAUAAUGACUAUGAUAUUUAUUCCUAACUUGAAGGUUGAUGAUUUACUUGAAGAAGAUAUUCGUUUCAAAAAUUAUCUUAGAGAAUAUGGUUAUAAAGGUCAUAUAGGAUUAAAUGAGAAUGACGAAGAAGAAGAUAUUGAAUCUUCAGAAACUGACAGUGUUGAACUUCAACAACAAAAAAUUAAUGAAAAACAAUAA